AACGUCCUGGUGACGUAAUUUCCGGAAUAAUAAAAAACGUCGGAGGUACAAAGAAUCGGACCGUAACGUUUCCACGCCGCGGGCAGCGCUGUAACGCCAGGGUGUCGCUCUGCUUUGUGUCUGGGCGCCAGAGGUGUCGGUGCGGAGUGAAGUUCUGCAGAACCGCCGCCGCCGGGAUGAAGAGAAGCAGCUCGGAGAAAAGGCGCCAUGUGGUGGCCUGGCUCAACAAGGCGGAGUGGGACCAGGUCCUGGACCACCUCUACUCCCAGGACGCCGCCCUGCAGAGGUUCGCUCUGCAGCGGGUCUCCGCCUGGAGGGGCAGGUACGCCCACAGCACGCCCGUGGCCGUGGACUGCACGGCCGAACUGGUGCGGUGCCAGGUGCUGGACCGGUCCGGCCAGCUGAGCGGGGACGACCUGGUCCUGCUUUACGGGGCGGCCCUGGUCCGCUUCGUGAACUUGAUCACGGAGAAGCAGCAGGGGAGGAGAGCCCGGCCCCUGAGGCGGCUGGCCGGCAAGCUGAACAUCCCGGAGUGGGUGGUGGACCUGAGGCACGACUUCACCCACAGGAAGCUGCCCACCCUCAUGUGGUGUCGGAAGGGAUGCAAGGUGGUUCUGGAGUGGCUGCAGCAGGAGUACUGGUCCAGGCAGCUGGGCGGGGGUCCCGAUGAGGACUGGGAGUCGCAGUCGGACGGAGAGGAUGAUGACGCUGACGUGAAGCAGCAGGAGGGUGAGCUGAUGGAGCGGCAGAGGGAGAUGGAGGCCUACAAGGCCGCCCGCGACUUCCUGGUCUCCUACGAAAAGGAGCGCUACCAGAGCCUGGACGGCUCACAGGAGGACAAGUGGCUGUCUCCCUUCGCCGACAUGAGCUGGUUGCUGGGGGACAUCAAGCAGUUCUCCUUGGACUCCGCCGAGCUGCUGGUGGACGUGCUGCUGGAGGACGGGUUCCUGGUUCCGACCGCCGAGCAGCUGCAAACGCUGGGCUGUGACCCGUCCGAGGACUGCGGCCCCUCUGGACCCAGAGUCCCCCCGGUCUUCCUGCGGUUCUGGCUGCCGCUGCUGAAGGCGCUCAACUCGCCCUCCUUCAUCCACCUGUUUCUGGGGAAGCUGCUGGCGGAGCUGAAGCUGGCGGCCGGCGGCCAGAGGGAGCGCCGCGCCUUCUACAUCUCCGCCUGGGCCUCGGAGGCCGUCCUCUGCAACAGCAACCGCCACGAGUUCCGCUUCGAGAGCAAGACGCAGAGGAAGGCGCGCGUCAGGGAGCGCAUCUUCCUCAACCGCAUCCAGCUGCGCUGGCGGCAGCUGCUGACGGCGUGUCUGGACGCGCCCUGCGUCUACACGCCCCACCUGCUGCGGCUGAUCCUGGAGGACAUGGAGCCUCCGCUGCCCCAGGAGACCCAGCAGAAGCUGCUGCGGCUCUGCUGCAUCUACACGCAGAGCCCCGGCCCGCAGCCCGGCCCGUCCGAGGAGCAGAAACAUCAGCCCGUGUACACCGUGGAGAGCCUGCAGCGCAGCCGGCCGAGGCGCAGCUCCGAGCGGCCCGAGGCGUCCGCUGACCUCCGGGGGGCGGAUGUUCUGGCGCAAAAGGCCACGGCGCUCAGAGGUUCUCCGUGGCAGGUGUGUCCCGAUAAGGUCCCGUGGGAGGACUACCCCCUGGGAAAGGUUCCCGGACAGUCAGACGAUCCGUCGUGCCUCAUGGCGGAGACGUACUCGACGAUGACGGUGUCCGAGGAGCCGGUGGAGCUGGAGGGCGGCAGGAGGCAGAGCGCCGCGGGGGUCUCCGGGCCCGCCAGAACCGCGGAAGGUCUCCUGUGGGGCCAGAGCGAUUUCACCAGACUGAAAUCUGGACUCAAGCUGUUCUGAGAUGCGCUGGGAGCCAUGGAUGCUGCCUCCGUGUGCAGGAUCAUGGCCUGGUGGCUGCAGGCAGCAGUCCACUUGUUGGGACUGGAUCUGAGGAACCGGUCCAGCUGUUGAUGCGCAUCUGUUUGCUGACCUGCCAAUCAGAAGUCCUUCAGUAACAACCCGUCUUCACUAUGAACAAGCUGGAAUUAUGUUAUUCACGUUCAAAAGCCUCCAACUCUGACAGUUCCACAAAUAACCUGAUGGUAUAAAGCUACAGCUAGCUCUAAAUCCUGCAUCGAUCAGUGAAAACCAGCAUGCUGCCAAACAUGUCUUAUGACACAGAAAGGAGCUGAUGUAGCGCUCCUCUGAGUCCUCUAAGCUCCUCUGAGUCCUCUACAUGCCUUCAUGUUCAGAGAAAAGGCCCACUGCGUGCCCACCAUGAACACGUUCUGCGUUCACUGACUUUAGUUGGUUUGUAUUCAGUAUUCAGGUUUAGUUAAAAACAGUUGGUUUGGUGUAGUUCAUCGUUUUUUGUACACUGGAAUAAAUGUUGGCUUUUUUUCUACAGAAA